AUGAACGGUGUCCGACGCUUUCUCACUGGCGGAGGCACUCCGACCUCUUCAACAUUCCCUCAGUCACCUCCAUCACCUCCGUCUCAGUAUGCCACCAUCACGCCCUCUCCCCCGAAGUCUACUGCUCCUCUAGCUAUAUCUGCAAAACCAUCAUGGCCGCCCUCGCCCUUGCAGAGCCCGACGGAGUUAUCUCCAGUGACCAGCCCAAAGGUGACGACCGCAGCACUCUUCCUCCGGAAGGAUAGGCAGAAGCCCCUGCCCUCUGCUUCUGAGGAUACGCAGGGAAACGCGUCAUUCCAUUCCCCACAGUCUUCGCGUGAGUCUAAUGGCGUAGGAUCUCCUGCGCGUGGCCAGGCCUCUGUACAAAUGUCCUCCCCCGUGGCGGGUCCCUCGUCGCCCCGGCCGCUACCUAGCCGGGUGUCUGAGCUAUCCAGGAAACUCGUCGAGCGUCCAGGCGUAACUACCCUCGAUCUCAAGCGCAACUCCGAGAUGGGCUCUACGCGUGAUGAUCUGCUAAUUGACCUGUUGGCAAGCGAAGCUAUCGUGGACAGUCGGGGUUGCGAGAUCCUCACCUCGGAGGAGGUCGAGGAGCUGAAGAAGGAGCAUCAAGUGCUUUCUUCAAGGCUUGUCGCGGCAAGUAAAAAGCUCGCCCUGGAGACUAAGAUCCGUGACGCAGCACUCUCACUAUCCAAGGCGAACGCGUCUUUCAAGAAUGUGUCCAAGCAGACAUCUGAACAACUGGAUACUGCAAGUCGCAAGGUGGAGCUCGCACAAAAGGAACUAUGGCGUAUCUCAGAGCGUGCGAAUGAAGUUCAGCGCAAACUCCUUGAGCACCGUGCUGGGGUGCUAAGCCAUUCAGAAAACUGCGCCGUUAGACGGGGACUCCACCUACAGAUGAGCCCGACACCAUCGUCUGCGACGAGUAUCACAACGUCUUCUUCGAGAGGCCGGUUCGAGCACUUCGUCGCGGGUCAUUCAGACUCCAUUGUACCACAGGUCCCGCGCGCUCCGCCCACGAUCGCAGAAGUGUCUGUUCUUGAGGAGAAACUCAAGGCAGCGACCGCUGCACUCGAGGCGGCCACAGCAAAGCAGGCAGAGAUGGUCCGCGACCUGUCGCUUCUCAAGCUCGAGAAGGACCAAGUGGAGACGACACUAGGAAUGGACCUUCAGACAGCUGAGGACACUAUCUCCAUGCUCGAGCAGGAAGCCAGCAAGGUGGGCGAGGUCGAGACACGAUUGCAGGAGCUAGAAGCCGAGCGAGACGCGUGGGAGGCGGACCGUGCAGAGCUGGAGGAGCGUCGCCGGGAGGUGGACACGCUGGAACGGCGGCUCGAGGUUCUCGAGGAACAGAGCGGGGAGGCGGCAGAGAUGUCCAGUGUGUUUGCACGCGAGCGGGAGGAGCGUCUCGGGCGGUUGGCUGUCCUGGAAAGCGAGCUUGCGGAAGAACGUGCGGACCGAGCGGAGGAGCGGCAAGCAUGGGCAGCCGAGCGCGCUGCGCUGGCGGACGGCGCGAGCGGACGGACGGAACUGGACGCGGGUGUAGACGCGCUCAGCGAGCUUAUACAAACACAUGGGAUCCUCCUGGUGUCGCGGGACUCAUCGAUAGUGGGGCUCGUCGCGUCGGUGGGCCGACAUCUAGAGGACCUACGGGCGAAGAUCGACGCGCACACGAGGGCCGAGGAGGAGUGGGCAGUGCUGCGAGCGAAGCUAGAGGGGGACAUCCGCGCAGGGCUGGACAAGCGCGAGGCCUUGUUCGAGGAGGUCGAGGAAGCACGGCGCACGCGGGACGAGGCGAGGGUCCAAGCGAGGGAGCUGGAAACGCAGUUGCGGGUCGCGCAAAUGGCCGUAGCCAGCCUACAAGCCUCGCAAGCCCCCGUAGAGUACACUGGCGAUGCUGCUCAGAUGGUCGCCCUGCUCCGCCCGAUUUGGGCGGUGCUGCCUUCGCCGGAGGCCCGUGCAAGCAAACUCGGUGCGCGCAACUUCCGUGCCGGAUCGCCUAUCAUGCCAGGCAGUCCGACCCCCGGGCGGAACAACUCGUCAUUGUCUGAGAUGGACGUGCGCUCGCUCAAGACUCUGUACGACCCGCGGGCGAUGCCACCCCCCAGCCUUGCAGCGUUCACGGUCGAAGCAUUCGUCGCGCGUGUGCAGGCACUCAUUGCGGACGACCGCGCGUUGAUUGAACGACUCAUCCGAUUCGCGCAAGCGCAUGACCUGCUGAAGAAGAACGCGGAGCGGGCGCAGAAGCUCGCGCAGGAGAGCAAUGGGGCACUCGAGACGUAUCAGAAGCAGGUGAAGAUGCUGGAGGACAGGAAUCUGACGAUGAUAUCCAAGAUGGCGCAGCUGCUAACAUCAUCUCACAGCGAGGACGAGGCACAGUAUCUUCAAGAGCAAGUCGAUCGUAUCACAGCAGAGAAACUCGAGAUCGAGACACAGGCCGCAGAGCAGGCCGAGACGUGUCGGCAGCUCACUGAUGCUAACAACACACUUAGUGCGCGUGCGCUCACGCUCGCAUCGGACGCUGCGGAUGCAGGUGACUCUGUGCGGAAACAGAUGGAGGUGCAGCUUGCCGAGUGCAACACCGCGCUUGAGCGGGCGAAGGAGGAGAUUGAGGCGAUGCGGAGCUCGCAGCAGACGCAACAGAUGGCGUUGCUAGAGGAGCUCAACUCGAUGCAGACGGAGAACGCGUCGCUGCGCGCUCAGCUGCGCAAGAAGUGA